ACCAAAUACUAGGGGGCAAGCUUCCUUUGCCAUAAAAUAUUUGAGGAGGCCAAGCUCAAAGUACCUUCCAUCAGCUAUGGCUGGUGGCCAAGUGUGGGAUGUGAAACACAAGAGCAGUCAAGUACAACAUUCCUAGAGUGAACAUGUUUACACAUGGGGAGGAAUGUUUGUCCAGCCAGCAGGUAAACUUCCUGUUUCCUUCUGGGCUGGGACAGACUUCCUCUGCAUGUGACUAGAGGUGGGCGUGGCCUCACCUGUGCAGGUAACAACAAAAGCACAGGGCAGGGCAGCCACCUCUCUGUGACUACUUUCGUUGAAGAAGCAACAUCUUCUUAGCCAAAGAUGCUCUUUUGGCCUCCAGCCAAGAGACGACAAAGGGACUGUCUCCUUAUGAGAUAGUUUCUAGGUGUAUGUUACUUUUCUAAGCUAAGUCUGCCUUCUGGGAUCCGAUUGUGAACAGAAUGACGUCAACCUUUCGUCCAUCGCAGUUAGAUAAACCGAUGGGAGCGACGGCCAGGUUCACCUGUCGCUUGUCGGAGACCGUUCAACAUUAUUCCCUUAACUGGUACAAAUUGGGUGACGACAAGCAGCCGAAAUUACUGGACCUUGGAAAAAGCAAGUAUAGCCGCACCAUGCUGAACGCGACGACCUUUGAAAUUAAAAUCUCGGACUUAGAGUUGAACGAUAGCGGGACCUACUUCUGUGGCCUCAUCUGUCCCUCGUUGAAGUUGACAGAAAGCAACAGGGCGAACCUCACAGUAACAGAGAAAGAACUUGAGCCUGAACUACCGUCAGAGGAGACAAAGCCUGGACUGCCGUCAGAGGAGAGGGAGGAUCACGGAGAGAUCCUCCUUGCUGUCAUCGGAGUUGGGCUGUUUCUGGUGCUCCCAGUUUUGUGUUACUACCUCUUUAACCUCAUCCAGAGAAAGAAAGAGGAAGAAAAACUGCAGGAUGAAAAUGCUCCCUUGGAAGAAGGCCCUCCUGCCGUGAGUGUUUUCACCGUGGAUUAUGGGGUGCUGGAAUUCCGGGCAGCGGACAACGCUCAGAGAGCGCCCCAAGAGCGCUUCGCUUCCGACCAGACCGAAUAUGCCACCAUCAUCUUCCCCCCGGAAAAGCCGGUCGCUGCCAAAGGAGGCAAAAAGACUAAGAAACCGAAGAACUGCCCCAGCAGAGCGGAGCCGCACUGAAGGGGCGGAAGCGAAACCUCUCCCUUUUGAACUUUGCAUUCUCCCCGAUUCCUCAAAGGUCCCGGGACCACACUGCAAGCCCUGGGGAUUCAUUUGCAAAGUCAGAACAUGCUGGGACUCAAAGCUGCCUGGAAGCCACAUCUUCUGCAUGACAACCCUUGCCACUGCAUUGCAGGAGCACGCAGGCCGCACUGCACAUGCUCAGAGGCACUGUUUUCAUAGGACCUGUUAA